GCUCUUUUGUUCCUGUUAAGACAAAGCCUUCCAUACAGAUAAUUUUUCGAAAUUCUUCUGAGUAUAAUGCAUUUUCAAUACUACUCUGGCUGGUUAAAGCCACCUUUAACCUAAAACACAACAACUUGAUUUUCAAGCUUCAACUGUGCAGAUGUUGGGCUUUCAGGGGAAUACAAGAAGCAGCAGGAGUCUCUGUGCACAUGCAGUGUGAAAUACAAUCCUUCCUCCUACUGGCAGUUCUUCAGCUGAACAUAACCAGCUGACGGGGAUAGUGUCGACAGUCUGACCGAGUGUGCAGCAUCCAUGUUCCUCUACAUGCUAGUCUUCCUGGCUUAUCACAGCAGCAGAUGGAUCCCGAGGAAUCAGAGGUUAAAAUUUCAAGUAGUGAAUGCAGGGUUCACGGCAAUUGUUCUGGUCCCUCAGCUCUACAUCAUGGGAAGGCCCAAGUCCUCCAGAUACUGCAGGCAGCCUCUUCUGAACAACCUGUCAGCCUCCAUCGCCUUGUCUUUCAUAGCUGCAGGUUUUUCAGUGAUAUUCACACUGAUAGAGCCAGUUCCUCAGAGCUUGUGGGCCUCCUAUCAUGUGUUUGGGCUGUUGACAUGUGGACAAGGACUAUGCACCGCCAUCCUGACUCUGACCGCAGCAGCAUGUGUUAAAACCACCCCUGAGCUGUAUUACAUGUCCCUUGUUUUUACGGUCGCUUCUGUUUUCAGUACAGGUUUUUUCAUGGUGAGAGGAGGACUCUGGUUGACCAACAGGCUGCCUGUGAUGAUCCCGAGCAGAAACAAUGAGUGAUAAGGCGGCCCAGCUGUCCCACGUUGACAUCCAAUACUCCACAUAUUAAGAUUUCAUGUGGUUUUCAUGCCACCAGCAGCUUGUAACUUAAAACUAUGGGAACAAAGAAGAGGGAAAGUGACUUAAUCCUCUUCACAUUUUAAAGCUCACUUCAGAAAAAUACCACAACGAGCAGGUGUUGAGGCUGUUUUUCUUUUCUUUGUGUUUUUUUU